CACUAUUUAGUUUGUCACGCUACGGUUGACUUCAGUUUUGGAUCGAAGUAAUGUAUUAUUUUCCUACUUCAGUCAUGUGGAGCGCUCUUGGAUUUUCGGCUGUUUUGGUUGUUUUCAUUAUACCCAAAUGGGCCUGCGCUACAAAGAUGAAAGCUUAUUUAGAUCUCGAUUCCCGAUUCAAGACGCAAUUACAGGGCUACUCGGAAGACCUUCAGGAUCACAUUAGUACCUUAAAUCGUUAUAUAGAUGAUCGAAGAUCUGAGCUAGCUAAUGUGGGAAAAGAUCCUGAAGUGUAUCUAGGCAAUCCCCUUAAUAGCUUCUCUUUACUACACCACUUGCACUUUGAUUGGCCAGCUUGGAGAAAGCUAAUGGAAAAGCCCUUAGCCACAGAGUAUAUAUUCGAGAUUCAAGAGAUGAGGAGCGAGAUGCCAACGAAAGAUGAAUAUACGAAUUCCAUUAAAGCUGCAAUGGAUUCCCAUAAGAACGAAACUCAGGGAAAUUUUGAACUUAGUCCUUUGGAGUCCCUGCAAAUCGCUCUGCAUGCAUACGACAAGAAAAACUAUACGGAUGCUGAGAACUGGCUAAAUGUCACCUUAAAUGGUUAUAAAAACCUGAGUCUCCAAGAAAAGGAUCUUUAUGAAGUUCUAAGCCCUGUUACUUUGGGUUAUAAGGAAACAAAUGCAGCAGCAAUGAUUGCAAAAACACAUUUCAGGUAUUUUAGCAAUCAUCAGAUGAUUGUGGUCAUGAAGUCCGCCUGUAUACUUUUAGUUGGACUAACCAUGGUGGACUUGUCUUAUUCAAACGCUGAAAAUCGGCAUUCUUUAUCAAAAUUCAAAUUGAUAAAUAUCUUAAAGAUUCAAGAAAAUGUAGUGAAAUAUUUAGAAAACUAUAUACACGCGCUGGAAACGAAGUUGAAAAUAAUCGACGAAGUGCUUUUCGACUUGGCCACAUAUCAUAUUCAGUUUGAACGAGACAAGUUGGCCAUUGCAUCUAGUCCAGUGGCGAGUUACUCAUUAAUACAUCAUAUGCAAUCGGACUGGACACACUGGCAGCUCUUCGUACAGGAAGAUACAGGAAAAGAUGAACUGGCAUCUCUAAUGUCUAUCAAGGAGUACUUACCUACCAAAAAUGAUAUCUCAGAAGUAUGCCAAGGCAUUUCCAAAAUAAUAAACGCCUAUCAAAUGCCACCGCGAGAUAUCGCAAACGGUGUAAUCUUAGGCAUUCAGACUAAGAACUUGAUGUCUCUCCGCGAUUACAUUGCGUUGUCGGAUCACAGUAGGGAAAUGAAAGACUAUAACGAGUCCAAGGAGUGGCUAAAGGUGGCUAUAUCCAUGUUAGAUAGUUCAACUUAUCGGGAUCCAAUUGAUCCGUCUCUGAACUUGAAUGUUGCUGAUUUAUACUUGAAAUUAGCUGAAGUCUAUGUGAAACAGCAAAAUUGGUCUCUGGCGCUCGAAACGGUUGAGUUUGCUCUAAAGUCAAAUCCACGCCAUGCACAGUUGGUCAGGAUGCAAAAGCGUUUGAGCUAUCAUAUUCUGCUCGAUCCGCCCAGAAGCACGGAAUUAAAUGUGGAAAGUAAUAAAUAUAGGCUCCGAAAAAACGCAAGUCUCAACUGCUUCUAUGAUACCAAAAUAAGAACUUUCUAUUCUCUGCUCGCACCAAUCAAAGCGGAAGUGCUCUUUAUUGAUCCAUUGGUGACACUCUACCACGAAUAACAAUAGUAUAUACUUUCUGUUUUAC